AUCGGUCUCCGUGGGUUAACGUAACGGAACAUCCUACCCUCAUUCGAACCUCCCAGUAUGACGAUCCAUGGUCCGGGCACUGCUGAUCCUAACGUUGUACACCUCGCUGACAUCCAACCCCGUGCAAAAAUAUUCACGAUCUGGGAGCGACACCGACACGCAAAGGUCCAUUGGCUUGCAGAAUGCUUUGCUGAGUUUAUGGGUGUCUUCUUUUACUGCUACGCAGGCGUAGGUUCAACGGCGCCGUGGGUUAUCGGGAAUGCUAUCGGAGAAACUGGACUUUCCUCGAUCCUUCAAAUCGGAAUAGCUUAUGCUUCCGGGAUAGUCUUCGCCAUCUGCUUCUGCAGUGCGACGUCCGGAGGUCACUUCAGUCCCGGCAUUACCAUCGCCUUCUGUCUGUUUAAAGGAUUUCCCAAGGUGAAAGGCCUUAGAUAUAUCGUGGCACAAAUCCUCGGAGGAUAUGUCGCAUGCCUGUUGAUUUAUGUCCAAUACAAGCACCUCCUCGACCAGGCAGAGGGCGCCAUGGUACUCGCUGGGACUUUCUCGGAGUUACAAUUUACGCCGAGCGCUCCUGCGGGUAUUUUUGGAUUGUAUCUUCUUCCAGGAGCGAAGAUAGGACAAGUUUUCCUUAACGAGUUCGUAACUGAUGUUAUGCUCGCAGUUGUGAUAUGGGGUUCUAUUGAUCCCACCAACGUUUUGGUACCUCCACAAGCAGCGCCCUGGAUAAUUGCUUUGGGAUACGCCGUAGCGAUAUGGGGCUUUGCCUUCCCCGGACUCGCAGCGAAUGCUGCACGUGACGUAGGCGGUAGAUUAGCCGCCCUGACCAUUUACGGACGCCAAGCUUCCGGAGGGUCCUAUGCCGCUCUAGCUGCCCUAACGAACAUCCCAGCGACGAUGUUUGGAGUACUUCUAUACGAAUUGUUUUUGGUAGACUCACAAAGAGUGAUUCCCAAAGCCUCGAUGGAAUACAUCAGGGUACACAAGAAUCAUGGAUGUCUCCACGAUCACAGUCCUGUCCGCAGAAAUUCUUCUUCUUCAUCAAACAGCGAGAAGAAUGCGAUGGCGAUAGCAGAAGCUUGAGGAGACAUCGUUUUGAGUUGUGAUUAGAUAGAACCAUGCAUUUGAUACAUAACAUUCCGACCGGUUUGGAAGCAUUGGAAAUGCAGCGGCCUCCAAGAAGAGCUUGUCCAUUGGUCUAUUGCGACAAUGUCCGUGUUGUGUAAGAUGGGUUAUUUUUUCAGUGAACAGAAUAACCGCCGCAGCCCAAUGACAGCAAGAACGAAGCCGUUCUAGUCGUUGCUAUUUUCAGAGUAAAUGCUAAGCGUACCUUGACAGAUAGAUAUAGAAAAGGCAAUCAUGAGACGACUCCGAGCU